AUGGCCGCGCUCCGGCUAACGCUCGCGGCCUCGCUCGCGGCCUCCCGCGCCCGGCCGCCCCUCGCCCGCCGCCCGCCGCCAGCGCCCUGCUCCGCGUCGACCGGCGCCAUGGAGCCUGAGCCCCGCUGGCUGGCGGGGCUGCGCUUCGACAACCGCGCCCUGCGCGCGCUGCCGGUGGAGACGCCGCCGUCUGGCCCCGAGGGCGCCCCGUCCGCGCCGCGGCCCGUGCCCGGCGCCUGCUUCAGUCGCGUGCGGCCCGCGCCCCUGCGGCAGCCGCGCGUCGUGGCGCUGUCGGAGCCCGCGCUGGCGCUGCUGGGCCUGGGCGCGCCGCCCGCCGACGCCGCCGCCCGCGAGGCUCGUGAGGCCGAGGCCGCGCUCUUUUUCAGCGGCAACGCGCUGCUGCCGGGCGCCGAGCCCGCCGCGCACUGCUAUUGCGGCCACCAGUUCGGCCAGUUCGCCGGGCAGCUGGGCGACGGCGCCGCCAUGUACCUGGGCGAGGUGUGCACGGCGGCCGGAGAGCGCUGGGAGCUGCAGCUCAAGGGCGCCGGGCCCACGCCCUUCUCCAGACAGGCCGACGGUCGCAAGGUGCUGCGCUCGAGCGUCCGCGAGUUCCUGUGCAGCGAGGCCAUGUUCCACCUGGGCAUCCCCACCACGCGGGCCGGCGCCUGCGUCACGUCUCAGUCCACCGUCGAGCGGGACGUGUUCUACGACGGCAACCCCAGGCCCGAGCAGUGCGCGGUCGUGCUGCGCGUGGCCCCCACGUUCCUCAGGUUCGGAUCCUUUGAGAUCUUCAAGUCCUCGGACGAGCACACGGGGCGCGCAGGCCCCAGCGUGGGGAGGAACGACAUCCGAGUGCAGAUGCUUGACUAUGUCAUCAGCACUUUCUACCCCGAGAUCCAGGCCACCCACGCCAGCGACAGCGUGCAGAGACACGCCGCCUUCUUCCGGGAGGUGACGCGGCGCACGGCCCAGCUGGUGGCUGAGUGGCAGUGCGUGGGCUUCUGCCACGGCGUGCUCAACACGGACAACAUGAGUAUCGUGGGGCUCACCAUCGACUACGGGCCCUUCGGCUUCCUGGACAGGUAUGACCCCGACCACGUGUGCAACGCCUCCGACACCGCCGGGCGCUACUCGUACAGCAGGCAGCCCGAGGUGUGCAAGUGGAACCUGCAGAAGCUGGCGGAGGCCCUGGACCCCGCGCUGCCCCUCGAGCUGGCCGAGGCCAUCCUGGCAGAGGAGUUCGAUGCCGAGUUCCACAGGCACUAUUUGCAGAAAAUGCGCUGGAAGCUGGGCCUUGUGCGGGCUGAGCGGGAGGAGGACAGCGCCCUGGUGGCCAGGCUCCUGGAGACCAUGCACCUGACAGGUGCUGACUUCACAAACUCCUUCUACCUGCUGAGCUCCUUCCCAGCCGGGCCGGAGUCUCCGGACCUGGACGAGUUCCUGGCCGCGCUGACUGCACAGUGUGCCUCUCUGGAGGAGCUGAGGCUCGCUUUCCGACCCCAGAUGGAUCCCCGGCAGCUGUCCAUGAUGCUCAUGCUGGCGCAGUCGAACCCGCAGCUUCUGGCGCUCAUCGGCACGCGGGCGAGCCUGGCGCGGGAGCUGGAGCGCGUGGAGCGGCAGUCGCGGCUGGAGCAGCUGAGCCCGGCCGAGCUGCACAGCAAGAACAGGAGCCACUGGGCCGAGUGGCUCCUGGAGUACAGAGCCCGGCUGGAGAAGGAUCAGGAGGCCGCCGGCGACACCGCGGCCUGGCAGGCCGAGCGCGUGCGCGUCAUGCACGCCAACAACCCCAAGUACGUCCUGAGGAACUACAUCGCACAGGGCGCCAUCCAGGCCGCCGAGAGCGGAGACUUCUCAGAGGUGCGGCGGGUGCUGAAGCUGCUGGAGACCCCUUACCGUGGGGAGGGGGAGGCCGCCGAGGCCUGCGAGGUCGCCGAGCCCGAGGAGGCCAGCGGGGAGGCCGGCGGGGCAGCCAGCCGGCGGCACUCGUACAGCUGCAAGCCCCCGCUCUGGGCCGCGGAGCUGUGUGUGACGUGAUCGUCGUAACCGCCUUGGAGGCCUCCACACAGGAGCCCCGAGGCCCGAGCCCUCGAGUCCACGAGGCGAGGCGGCGCCCGCCCCACCUGUCUCUCCAUGACGGCAGAGAUGCCCAGUCAGGACCUGACCCGUCUCUGUCCGAUGCUGACUCGGCAGCACCGCCCAGCCCCCAGGCUCUGCUCCCGGCGACAGGCUGCUUUGCGCCAGGACUGCUCAGCUCAGCAGAGGGGACCGGCGGACGCACAGCCCCCGCCCACCUCGCCAGCCUGGCGGGGGACGCAGCCCCUAAAUAAACUGGCAGCUCCCUCGGUC